UAUAAAAUAUAAUGUCCGUCUCUGAAAUGUUGGGAUCAUUCAGCUGUUUUUAUAUUUAUGUGUAUCUGUAUUGUAUAUCGAAUUGUUGUAUAAUAUAAUAGCGUAUGGAAGUAAUACACUUUAACGUUAUGUUAUAUAGAUUCGAUCAUUAUGGAAUUAUUAUGUCACUGUUUUAAAAAUAGGGCUAUAGGCUGUGAUGAUGUGGUUAUUAAUUUAAAACAUGGUGCUAUAGAUUCUAACGAAGGAGUUACUAGAAUGUGCAAUAAGGUAGAGGCGCGCGGUUUGUUUAUUUCGCGGCAAAUAACGUUAGAUACUUUAGAAUGUCUGUUAGAAGUAUUAGCUACUUCGAGCAGCACUUUCUUUUUUCCUAUCGAUUAGUACAACUUAUAACGGGUCUUCAUUAUUAUCAAAGUUCGUACGAUCAGUUAUAUCUUUUUUGUGUAAUAACAGUUUUCUUAUCAACAAUGAUCUUGUAUCAGAUUAAAAUAAUAUCCAUUCAUCUUAAAUUUGAUUACGAGCAUUUGUUGGACAUCGAGGAAUUAUCCAUUUUUCAAAAAUAUACAAAAGAAUGCAAAUUAUAUACUAUUAUUAUGAUCGCAUGAAAAUACGAAUACCAUUUGAAAGGAAUCAAAAUUAUAUACCAAGGAUUUCAUACAGUGGAACAUCUCAGAAGGAAUUAGAUUGGAUAGUUGACAUAAUAAAACGUUAUAUAAGAGUCACGGAGUAUGUUCAUUUGAUAAACAAACUUUUCAAGAUUACUUACUUACUUGCAAUUUUAUUUGUGAUGGUGUUCAUUAUUUUUGAUUUUCUUUAUAUGUUUCAAUUAUCUGAGAUAUUGCUAAAUAUAAGCAAAACAAUUGAAUGUGGUAUCUGUAUUGCUGGAUCUUUACUCGUUACAUAUCUUAUCUGUUAUAUUGGACAAAUGCUUAUAAAUCAUAACAGUACAGUUCUAGAAGAAUUAUGUCAAAUACCAUUCUACGUGCUUUCCGAAAAAACUCAAAAAUUAUUAUUAUUCGUGAUUGCAAGAAGCAUGAGACCAUGUCAGAUUUCAACCAACGGUAUUUUCGUAGUUUCGCAUGAACUUUUUGCUAAUAUGAAGUCGAUUUAUGCUCAUUUUAAAUUUGAUUACAUGCAGCUGUCCGACGAGAAUGAAUUGAACAUUUUCGAAAAGUAUACGAAACAAAGCAAAAUCUAUACUUAUUGUUUCAUAGACAAGAAUCAUCUAAAGUUACCAUUUUCUAUUAAUGGUGUUACAACCCCUGGGGUUCUAUACUACAGUUUGCUUAUUUAUCAAAUUAUAGCAAUCUAUAUUUCAAUAAUUAUAGCCAAUGUGUGUUACUCAUCGUAUUUGACAUUCGUACAACACGCGUGUUGUCAAUUAAGCAUUUUAAAAAUAAAAAUACGUCAACCGUUUCUAAAUAAGAAGACGUAUAGUCAAAAGACUUGGUUGAAUAAAAAAAACGAAGAAUUUAAUUGGAUAAUGGACAUAAUAAUGCGUCAUAGAAGAGUAACGAAGUUUGUCUAUCUCCUAAAUUAUUUGUCGAAGAUGACUUACAUAAUUGUAAUAUCUUUUGCAAUGUUUCUUAUUGUAUUGGAUCUCUUGAACAUCUUUCAACUGACUGCUAUAUUGCAAAAUAUAGGGGAACUAAUGGAAUGUAGCUUUUACAUUGUUGGCUCUCUAUUUAAUGUAUAUAUUAAUUUUUACAUUGGACAAACACUUAUAAAUCAUAGCAAUGCUGCUUUCGAAGAAUUACGUCAAGUACCAUUCUACAUUCUAUCUACGAAAACUCAAAAGCUGCUAUUAACCAUAACAUUAAGAAGUAUGAAACCCUGUGUGCUUUCAAUCGGUGGAAUUUUUAUAUCGUCGUACGAAGUGUUUUCCGCAGUACUUGAAAAAGCAUUUUCUUUCGCGAUGGUUUUUUAUAAUGUUCACUAAAUCCCAGUUGUAUAGAAGUAAUGAAUAUAUUAGAUAAAAUAGUACAUGUUGAUUAUUUAAUUUCUUCAAUAAAGAUCAAAACAUA